CGCAGUUGCCAUCGCACAGCAUUAUAUGGGUACAGAUGUACAGUGGAGGGAAAUCGAUCGAUCCGAUUCCGGCCGGCCAUGGCACCUGCUGCUCCGGCGACGGCGGCGGUGCGGCGCGUGAAGCUGGGCUCGCAGGGCCUGGAGGUCUCGGCGCAGGGGCUGGGCUGCAUGGGCAUGUCCGCCUUCCACGGGCCGUCCAAGCCGGAGGCCGACAUGGUGGCGCUCAUCCACCACGCCGUCGCCGCCGGCGUCACCCUCCUCGACACCGCCGACAUCUACGGGCCGCACGCCAACGAGGCCCUCCUCGGCAAGGCGCUACAGGUCGGCAGUGUGCGCGACAAUGUUGCACUGGCCACCAAGUUCGGUAAAUUUCUCGCCGACGGUAAGGUGGGGAUCCGCGGGGACCCGGCGUACGUGCGGGCGGCGUGCGAGGGCAGCCUCCAGCGGCUCGGCGUCGACUGCAUAGACCUUUACUACCAGCACCGCGUCGACAAGAAGGUGCCCAUCGAGGUCACUGUGCGUGCCCCUUCCCUUUCUCAGAUUGAUGAACUCAAAAAACUAGUUGAAGAAGGAAAGGUAAAAUAUAUUGGGUUAUGUGAAGCAUCUGCAUCAACAAUCAGAAGGGCUCAUGCGGUACACCCUAUCAAUGCAGUUCAGCUCGAGUGGUCAUUAUGGUCUAGAGACGUGGAAGAAGAUAUAAUUCCAACUUGCAGGGAACUUGGAAUUGGAAUAGUAGCUUACAGCCCACUUGGUAGAGGGUAGUUCUUUUCUGGUGGAGCUAAACUAGUGGAUUCUCUACCAGACCAUGAUUUUCGCAAGAAUCUGCCUAGAUUCCAACCAGAAAACCUUGAGAAGAAUGCCAAGAUAUUCGAUCGCGUCAAUGCGAUGGCGAUGAGGAAAGGAUGCACGGCUGCGCAGUUCGCACUGGCUUGGAUUCACCACAAGGGGGACGAUGUUUGCCCCAUACCCGGUACCACGAAGAUCGAGAAUUUCGACCAGAAUGUUGGGGCUCUGUCCCUGGAGCUCACUCGGGACGAAAUGGCUGAGCUCGAAUCCUACGCUGCUGCUGCUGAUGUGCACGGUGACUGGUACGCUCAGAUGGCCAACACCUGGAAGGAUUGUGAGACCCCUCCGUUGUCCUCAUGGAAAGAGGAGUAGCUGCUUGGGUCUCUCUUCAAGAAGUAGUGCUCCUGGUUGCACAUGAAUAGCGGAAGAAAAUAUAUAUUCUUGUUUGCUAUGGUUUGCUCUUGCAUGUUUGGUUCAUGAUGUGUAUGUAACUUGACGAUGUGCUGUACGUUGCUGCUGCUUACAAUGCUCUACUUGCAUCUUUGGUUCGUGAUGCACAUGUAACAUUAUGAUAUCCUAUAUAUACGUUGCUGCAGGAAAACUUGUAUGAAAAGAAACAAGCCAUUUAUAUAAGGAAA